AUGGAGUUUAGUUCAGAGGCUAACCAGCGCAUUGCCAGGAUCUCAGCUCAUCUCCACCCUCCAAAUCACCAGAUGGAGGAAAGUUCUGCUUUGAGGCGAGCUGAUUGCAGAGCAAAAGGAGGGGCACCGGGAUUCAAAGUAGCUAUUUUAGGUGCAGCUGGAGGAAUUGGCCAGCCUCUUGCAAUGUUAAUGAAGAUGAAUCCACUCGUCUCGGUUCUUCAUCUUUAUGAUGUUGUGAACGCCCCUGGUGUCACAGCUGAUCUCAGUCACAUGGACACUGGUGCAGUGGCGCGUGGCUUCUUGGGGCAGCCGCAGCUUGAGAGUGCUUUAACUGGCAUGGACCUUGUGAUCAUACCUGCUGGUGUUCCAAGGAAGCCUGGAAUGACGAGGGAUGAUCUUUUCAACAUCAAUGCUGGAAUCGUCAGGACACUUUGUGAAGGAGUUGCAAAGUGCUGCCCAAACGCAAUUGUUAAUCUGAUCAGCAACCCGGUGAAUUCUACAGUUCCAAUUGCAGCAGAGGUUUUUAAGAAGGCUGGUACUUAUGAUCCAAAGCGACUUUUGGGAGUUACAACUCUUGACGUUGUCAGAGCAAACACUUUUGUGGCGGAAGUCCUGGGUCUUGAUCCUAGAGAAGUUAAUGUCCCAGUUGUUGGAGGUCAUGCAGGAGUGACAAUCUUGCCUCUUUUGUCGCAGGUUAAACCUCCAUGCACCUUCACCCCUGAAGAAACUGAGUACCUUACAAACCGCAUUCAAAACGGUGGGACAGAAGUUGUAGAGGCAAAAGCUGGGGCUGGAUCUGCUACACUGUCAAUGGCAUAUGCAGCUGUCAAAUUCGCAGAUGCAUGCCUCCGAGGCUUGAGAGGAGAUGCAGGAAUAGUUGAAUGUGCCUUUGUCGCUUCGCAGGUUACGGAACUCCCUUUCUUUGCAACCAAGGUAAGACUCGGUCGUACUGGAGCUGAAGAAGUCUAUCAGCUAGGGCCUCUAAACGAAUAUGAGAGGGUUGGGCUGGCAAAAGCAAAGAAAGAGUUAGCAGAAAGCAUUCAGAAGGGGAUUUCCUUUAUCAAGAAAUGAAAUGGUUUACUUGGAAAAGCUAGCACCAGCACGGCUUUAUUUGAUUCCCAGAAUAGAAUAUAGAAGGAAUUAUACUCAACGGGUAGUGAUAAUGCCAUCUUUAACUUUAUUCAACAAAUUUAUAGAGACUUACAAUUCUUCU